AAGAAUUUCUUGGGGCCUCCUCCUCGCAAGCUCUCAACCACGCACAGUCUUCCCAACCCACAAAGCCCACUUCCCCCAUCUCUGCAGAAGAAGCUAUUCCAACGCUGGAGGCCUCUGUGGAAAGCUGGGCCCUGCUUAGCCCCACCCCAGCAGAGGCGACCCCAUCAGAGAGCAGCGAGAGCAUCUCCUUGGUGACUCAGAUUGCAAACCUCACUGCUGUGCCUGCCUCCCCCUCACAAACUGGAGCCCAGCUUGCUGGAGCUGGGGACCUUUCUCAGAAGCUGCAGGAAGCCACCAGAGACGAGCAGGUCUCUUUGCCUAAACCAGGGAAGCCUGCACAGCCUUCUCCAGCUCCUCAGGAGGCAAAGCCCUCUUCAGAGCAGCCCAAGGAGCGUGUGGAGAGCAAGGCAGCGAGCAGGAUAGAGACUCUGCGAGAGGAUGUGCCCAUGGACUUACGACUUUUUGAGCUCAAUUCGGACAGCGGGAAGUCCACGCCAUCCAACAAUGGGAAGAAAGGCUCGAGCACAGAUAUUAGUGAGGACUGGGAAAAGGACUUUGACCUGGACAUGACAGAAGAAGAAGUUCAGUUGGCACUUGCCAAAGUAGACAUCUCUGCAGAGACAGGUCUGGGGCUCGGACAUGAGCUCCCAAGAGACCCCACAAGCUCGGAGAUUUCCAAUAGAGGCAGGAGAUUCUCCCAGCCUGGCAACGGCCCCCGAAACUCAGGAGCCAGUAGCCCCCGAGCGCGCUGCCACAAGGCAGCUGCGAAGAUGUCCAGGGUGCCACUGCCUGACCUUGCCCAACGUCCCCAUUGACGUCUAUAUUGCCAUGGGUGGGAGCCACAGGCCACGAACUACCUGAAGACUCCCUCAGGUCGGGCUCAAGUGCUGAGGCCACAGUGGCUGUCCCAGGAAACACGCUGACAGCCAGACAACAGUGAAGCAAGCCACACAGAACAGUGACGCACAUUUUAAUAAAAGG